GAAGCACUGAACUAGGAUAUUGUAAUUGAAUAUGGUAAUGUUAUGGUAUGUCCAUUUGUAAAUAGAGAACUUGGCAUGGUGUAAAUUAAUGUUUAAAUGUGAUGGAAAUCCCCGAGAAUGCAGACAAUGCAGGAUGGCACGCGAAUUUGGCAGUAGAGAGAGAGAUGUGUUCUGGAACUGGUCAGAUGCAGAACAGAGAUUACGCAGCGCGAAAGUGACGGUUUAAGUACGGUACGGUAACGUUGCUUAUAGACAGUUAAAAGUGAGCUUACAACAAACACGAACUGGAUUUAUGGUGUGUCAGCAAGUCAAAUGGACAAUAACGCUUGUAGGAUGUAACAUUUCAACGGAGACGGCUUGUGAGCGAUAAAGUUGCUGUUCCCGCUCAAAAAGCACAUGGCACGCCUUGUGAAAGUUUGCGUAAUUUAGGACGGACUGCAGCGACCAGCAGCAAGGUAUGAAGUGACCAGCGCCUGCAGCUAAUGUUGCAGUGUGACCUUACCACCAUAUGAGAUCCAUUGAUGAGCUCACGCCAGCACAAGCAACGAACUAGUAGUGAUCGUACGACAGUGUUUUUAUGGACAGUGCAUUUUAUACCGCCGCCAUAACAAGUACAUUUAUCCGUAGCGGACCAGUUUAUGUAUUUAUCAAGUCAAGUUCUCUACAGUGUAAUGUCUGUGUGAAAUAAUAAGUUUGUGAUUCAAAGUGCAUUCCACGAGUGUCGUCAAUUAUUUACAGAAAGUAGUUUAUUAUUAUCCCAAAUCCAUCACUGUGUGUGCAGAAAUACCAGUAAAAAGGCUAUAUUACGUGAGUAUCGGCGUAUUAAUGCAACAAGAGGAUAUAAUCGGAGUCAACGCCGAGUAUUUCCAACACACGCCGGUGUAUAAAACUGACAGAAGACGCCAGUGGCACUUACAACAUGUGCGGCGCCUCCAUCAUCAGCGUCAACUGGGCCCUCUCUGCAGCUCGCUGUGUCGAUGGCGUCUCCACCAGCCAAAUGCUGUUGCGUGCUGGCACCUCCACCAGGGGUAGUGGUGGUUCCACGCACAGAGUGGCCGCUGCCUACAUUCACGAAGGCUACUUUGGGAACGACUACGACAUCUGCGUCCUCCAAGUUUCUAACUCCUUCAGAUUCGGCACCAACGUGCAGCCCGUGGACCUCGCCUCGGCGGACGCCACUGUUGGAAGCUUAGCAACAGUCACCGGCUGGGGUGCGACCUGGUACAACGGCAGCCCCUCCGACACGCUUCUGGCGGCCACCGUCAAGAUCAUAGACCGCGAUACGUGCAGCCGCUCGUACGGCGGCAUCACUGACCGCAUGAUCUGUGCAGGAGUGACCGGAGGUGGCUACGACGCCUGCCAGGGAGACACCGGUGGUCCUUUGGUAUCCGGCUCCACCUAUCAGGUGGGCAUCGUCUCCUGGGGCAACGGAUGCGGCUUGGCCGACUAUCCGGGAGUAUACACCAACGUCGGCAACCUUUGGCCCUGGAUCCAGCAAGCUACUGGCAUCUAAGCAGUGGAACAGCUAUACUGCACAAAUAAUAGUCAUUUUUUUGAACUUGGUGUUAUUUUUUGUGCACAUUUACUGUUGUCAAAAUAAAUAAUGUCUGCAUUUAAUA